GAUUAACAUUUCGAGAAAAACUCACGUGUUACUCUGUACGACGCUAAAUUAUCUUGACUUGAACCUCCUUCGUUAUGAGGGUAAAUAAAAUUAAAAACUCUCGAAAAAAAAUUUAGGUUUAAAUCAUACUAGAAAAAAAUUAAAAUUUGUAUUAAAAAAUCUAUGAAAAUUAGUGUGUAUAACAGACAGUGGUGAAAAUAAUAUACAUAGAGAGCAACAUUGAUAAGCAGUUGAUCUGACUCAGUGAUUUCAUUUGUGUAUAUAAACUCUCCACGUUUAAACCUGCUGACGUUUUACUGAAGAUAAGAAUUACAGUUUAACGUGUGAUCGGCCAAUAUUGUGUGAGGUUCGUGCCCCGGUGUUAAUUUUAACCAGUUGCUUACACACACCUUGUGUCUACAUGGUGAGAGCACACACCACAUAAACUUCCUUCUGGGUGAGAGAGAACACUCAGGUGUGACGGAACACCGAGGUGAUCACCAUGAAUGGUGUUCCAAGCGCUGGCCAGAACGGCGCUGGCAGCCAACUCCAGCAGCUCUUCAGGACAUGCGACAAGGAAGGCAAGGGCUACAUCGUGGAGCAGGAGCUGAGGGAGCUGUGUCUGGGGCUAGGCAUCACAGCUGAGGAUUCGGACGUGAUCUUCAGUGACCUGGACGAGGACCAGGACGGGAAGAUCAGUUACUGGGAGUUCUCCAAGGGCUUCAGCGAGUUCCUCAACCCCGACACAGAGGCCAGAGCCAACAGGCGGUUCUCCAUAGGCACAGGAUCGGCGGCGGAGGAGGAAGAUGAGGAGGAAGUGGAGAGAAGAGUAGAUGAGGAGGAACUGAGGAGGAGAGAGAGUGUGUAUCAAGCAUGGAGCUGUCUCACCUCCAGUCUUGCUCAGCUCACAAACACCUCAGUAGCUGCUGAGAGCGGUGUUCAGAUCCGUGAGCUUCUGCAGGACCUGGAGGCUUCCCCAGCACCCAUUGAUGUUGCAAGUCGUGUGAGCACGGUGCUCUCAACACUGCUGGCAGAGAUCCAGCAGCUGCAGUCCCACCAUCACAGUCUCGAGACUCUCUACAAGAAGGAGAGAGAGCACCAUGCAACUGCCCUUAAGAGUUUAGAAAACGAGAUCGAAGACCAGGUGGCGAAGGUGGAGCAGAAGGCGAAGCAGCAGGCGAGGCAGGAGAGCGAGGAGGAGAAGCGACAGCUACAAGAUCAGAUGGAACAAGAAAUGGCCGAACUUCAGACGCAUCUUAAGAUCUUCCAGAAGGUAGACUCGUGGCUGAGGAGGGAGGAAGGCUCUGGACCUGAGAAGGUGGAGGAGGUGAGGAGGAAACUGGAAGAGGCCUACCAUGCCAACCGCGCCCUCAACAUGAACCUACACGAGACCACCACAAACCUAGGCCUACUGCGCUCAGACAUGGCGCAGAUGAGGCUUCAGUACGAGGAGAAAUGUCGGGAACUGCACAGUGAACGGGAGACUGUGCUGGAAUACAUGCAUCAGUACGAUCAUAUGAAGAGACAACUGGAACUGCUUCAUCGUUCUCGGUCUCCCCUCCCAUCUGUGCUCUCACCCUUCGAAGGUGAUGGCACCCUCAAGUAUGGCAUCAGACGACUCAUGGACGACCUCGAUUCCGGAGUGUCUACGCUACCAGACAUGACUGAGGAAGGAUGCAACACUCAGGACGAACUGAAGCUGUCAGAGAAUGAAGGUCCAUUGUCGCUGGAGGAGGAGCUGUUGAGUGUUGAGUCUGGCUCGCUACUGCCAGCGACACAGGAGGUGGUGCAGGAGAUGACCCUGAGGCCAAGUGAUGUGGCCAGCACGCCAACGGUAACGCCCACGCCGCCACCUACCUUGGAGAUCAGCACACCUCCACUCAGGCCUCGAGGGGCGGCACACCUCACAGCCCUCAACACUCACAGACACGGAGCUAGCCCCCAGCACCAGGCUCAGGCAGGGGUCCAGACCGCGAGCCACGACCCACUGGGACCACCCGAGAGGACCUAUAAAGUGGUUUUUGCAGGAGACGCGGCUGUGGGCAAGUCCACUUUCAUCGUUCGACUAUGCAGGGGCUGCUUCGUCACUAAUAUUGCCUCGACCCUCGGUGUUGACUACAAGGUGAAAACCCUUAAUGUGGACGAGAAGAACAUCGCUAUACAGCUCUGGGAUACAGCUGGUCAGGAACGUUUUCGCUCCAUCACUAAGACGUACUUUCGUCGAGCAGACGGAGUCUUGCUGCUCUUCGACGUCACCAGCGAACGUUCUUUUCUUAACGUUCGUCAGUGGAUCCAGAGUAUUGACGAGGCGUGUCAUUCUCGGGUGCCAGUGGUGCUCUGCGGGAACAAGGCUGACCUGCGGGUGAGUGCCGCUGCAGAAGGAAGAAGUACGGUCAGCAGCGCGGACGGAGAGCGCCUUGCCAGGGACUGCGGUGCCUCCUUUGUAGAAACCUCUAGCAAGAGUGGCACUGGCGUCAUGGAAGCCCUAGUUCAACUGGCCAGACAGAUGAUGACCACGGAAGAUGUGGAGGUCCAGGCUUCAGCGCUAAAAGUUUGCGCCAUGGAGGAGAAGAGAUCGUGUUGUGGCAGUAAGAAGUGAGAGACGAAGUGAGGAAGAAGAGCAGACAGGAAGGAGGAGAGGCAACAAAGAACAGCAAAAAUGUAGAAAGAGGCAAGGGACACGAGGAGCAGAAAGAAUGGUGCAAGAGGUGAGAAAGCAGAGAAGAUGAAAAGACAGAAAGAAUCGAGAGGGAAGAUAAGAUGGUAGAAAGAGCGAAAACGGCGGAAAAUGAUGCGACAAAAAUUGAUGGAAAGAGAAAGAUAAGGAUUUAAAACAUGCCGAUUAAAAUGGCAAAUUAAAAAAAAAAAAGAUGAAAGCGGCAUUUGUUCUUAAGUGUCUCUGCUCUGAAACAUUACUUUAAUUCCUAGUCUAGGGAUUAAAAUAUUUUUGACUGAUGAACCUGUAACAUUUAGCUUUAAUUACCCUCGAGUAGCAGAUAGGCUUUAUACCCAAUAAGAUAUUCAUUAAACAACACUUAAUUAGAAUCAAACAUACAAGUGUAAGUAACGGAGAUGAUGUCAGCUGAUAAACAUUCACCAUUACUAGUUUAUUUUUAUGGGAUUAGCUUUUUAAUAAUAAUAAUAAUAAUAAUAAUAAUAAUAAUAAUAAUACAGAAAAAAAGAAGGAAAGGCUUGAGGAUGGAGAAGCAAAACGAAAAUAAUCAGGAAUUUCCCCACAAAAUUCUAAAUUGGAAUGCAAGAGAAAUUCUCAAACCCAACAUGAAAUGUAAUGUGAUAACGAAAAGAAAUAAAUGUAAAAAAAUAAACGAAUCAUCUAAAAUGCAAAAUAACUAUCCUGAUAAUAAGAGAUAAUAAGAUAAUACUACACACAGGCUAGUUAAAGUAAUGAAAAGAAAAUGGUAAGCACAGGAGGUGUAAAUAAUAGAAAAACAGUAAUAGUGAGAAUGAGAAUUUUAAAUUAUCACUGACAAGAGGAAACAACGAUCACAGUAAAAUAUAUGAUAUAUAAUCAGCAGUAUAUAACACUUGAGAGAUGGAAGUAUAAUCAGCAGUAUAUAACACCUGAGAGAUGGAAUUAUAAUCAGCAGUAUAUAACACCUGAGAGACGGAAGUAUAAUCAGCAGUAUAUAACACCUGAGUGAUGGAAUUAUAAUCAGCAGUAUAUAACACCUGAGAGACGGAAGUAUAAUCAGCAGUAUAUAACACCUGAGUGAUGGAAUUAUAAUCAGCAGUAUAUAACACCUGAGUGAUGGAGGUAUAAUCAGCAGUAUAUAACACCUGAGAGACGGAAGUAUAAUCAGCAGUAUAUAAUACCUGAGAGAUGGAAGUAUAAUCAGCAGUAUAUAAUACCUGAGAGAUGGAAGUAUAAUCAGCAGUAUAUAAUACCUGAGAGAUGGAAGUAUAAUCAGCAGUAUAUAAUACCUGAGAGAUGGAAGUAUAAUCAGCAGUAUAUAAUACCUG